UGGGCAUGCAACAUGGCUGCGCCCAUGUUUGAACUUGGAGGGAAAGACUGUUUGUAACUUGCAUGUGAGUUUUAACCAUGAAGCUACCAGAAUCACAGUGAAGAGACUUGAGACAAUGAGAUGCAGCGUGCUGCACGCAGACAGUGCAGAUGGAAUCCAGGCUUGGAACGCUGGGACAGUCUCAAGAGGCAUUUGGAAGGUUUGCCAGGGAACUUGUGAUUCAGAUUGUGAAAACUCCAAACACUGCUCCAAAACAGAGUGGAUUAACCAGUGGUACAUAUGGCUAGUGGUCACUGCAGGAGUUCUGCUUCUAAUAUUCGGGAUCACCUGUACCUGUCUACGUUGCUGGUACCUUAGACAGCAACAGUGCCCAGACAGGGGAGGGGAACAGCCCUAUGAAGUCACAGUUAUAGCCAUCGACCAUGACAGCACAAUCCAGAGCACUAUUACCUCUCUUCAGAAUGUGUUUGGCCCAGCUGCCCGCAGGAUAUUUGCUGUGUCCCACUCCCAUAGCCCACCACCCCAGCUCAGCUCUUCCGGACCAGAGACCCCUCCCUGUUAUGAAGAAGCCCUGCAUAUGAGUCGCUUCACUGUUGCCCGCAGCACUCAUAAACUGUGCCAUCUUGAUCCAGUUCCGGAGGAAAGAAAUGAAAUCCCUAUACCAUAAUGGACUGGGAUAUAGUCCAUUUGACAGCAGUCGGGAUCCUGGUGGUCAGGAUACCAACGCUGGAAUCCCGACUGCUGACAAUACCGACAGCCCAGAAUCCCACCUCACAGUUGCUGUAGCAGCUGCUCUCCCCCGGCACAGUACACGGCACACACUGCUGUGUGCUGCACUGGGAGAGAGAGGUAGCUGCCGAAGCAGUGUCCUUUCUCUCCCUGCGCGAUCGACCGCACCUGCUCCCCCUCCCCCCCAAAACCCUGUUGCCCGCCGCUGCCAUCGCCCAUUAGCACGCACCCGGUGCACCUCACCCCUGUGCAGUGUGCGUGAGCCAGCUUUGUCGCCGCACAGGACCCAUUUACAUUUUUCCUAGGGAGGGGGGCUGGCCACACCUCAUUGCUUUGGCCACGCUCCCCUCCCCUGUACCUGGGCCCGGAAUGGCUGUCGGUACCCCUGCUUUUUAAUUACACUUUCAUCUGAAUGGCUGGGAAGUGGGUAUUGUUGGUGGUAAAGGGCAGUAGGCAGAGGUUUUGCCUAGUGUGCCGGGAGACCUUGCACCAGCCCUGGGUCCUCCAUAGCCCCACUCACCUUGUAACAAGUAGGUAAGCGCUCCCAGUGAAUUGCCUGGACAUUACCAGA